CAAUAGAUGGAGCCUGCGAUUCAAUCGAAUGUUAACGGCGUGGAGACAUGUGCGAUGGAGACCCAGGACAUUGUCAAGGGUAUCGCGGUUGUCAGCAACGAAGGGAUAUCGGCCGGAGCAAACACCACAGACUGUGCAGUGGUCCUUGCGGCAAUUUGUGAGCAGACUGCAGACAUGAUGACGGAUGGUGAGGCCAGUGAGAAUGAUGCAGGGUGUGUUGUUGCAGACGAGAAUGUGGUCAGGAUGUCAGCAGAAACUCUCUUCCCCUAUGACAUCAAUUGGGUGCCUGGUCGUCUUCAACCGGGUAUCGUUGGAGGAGCGCCGUGCUUCGCGUUCAAAAUCAAUGGGGAAUGGGUUCCAUAUCCCGCCCCCAAAGCGACGUUAUGGAGGGGCGUGACUCUGUCAAUCAUCUUCGACAGAGUGCUGAGGUUGAACGAUGAGGUGAGCGCUGACGACAAAUCGCGGCAUGUGUUGAAACUGCGGCAUGUUCUGGACGCGAAGGGCGAAUUGAGGCUCAAUGAUUUUGAGUACGACAGUGUCGACUGCGGAGGGUCAUGGGUGAUUGGCGGGUUGGACACUGUAGCGAAUGUGAAGGACCACGUGCUGGUUGUGGAGCAUGCAAAGCGAUACUGGGAGAAGAUAAGGGAGGAGGACCGUCAGAUGGUGUGCAUGGAUUACGACUCCAUGCCAGACCAGGGGAUGUGGUCCAUGGUUGAGGGGAGUCCUGGUGGGCAAGGGCAGGGCGAUGGCGAGAACAGGUACAUGGCUCACAUCCGCCGCAGGCAUGGUUGCUCCGCCCUUGUUGGUUGGGUCCCGGCCGUAUGUCGCAUGAUAUACGAGCAAGGUGGAGAGAUGAUGAUGAGGUUCAGGGACCCGCUUGGUGUGCCGUUUCUGCUGACGUACUCGGAUGGCCUCCUGCGAGACAUUCAGUAUAUGGUGGCCGAGGACACCCGAGGUGGACAUCGGAGGCCGGGACAGACGGAGGAGACGCGCCCGGGACAUCAGGACGGUUUGUCUGCUGAGAGAGAAGAGGUCGAAAGACAAAGCUUGUUCAUCAUGUCGAUGUUGGUAGCACAGGUGGGGAAGGCUCUCACAGAGUUGAUGAAGUAUGCAGAGGAGGGCUUCCACUACAACGGCUGUGGCGAGUUGUCUUUGUUGGAGGAGAGGGUACCGGGGUACUUUGCUGUUAGCGUGGAUAUGAGAUCCACGAUCAUGGCCAACGACAGUGGUUGUGUGCAGGCGCGAACACUCUUGGAACGAUUGAGAGAGUCACCUGAUGUUCGUGUGGACAGCGACGCGGAAGACAGCCCAUACAGUCUAAAAGGAGUUGUGCAGUGGAUGUGCAGCGAAGGCAUGUGCGACGAAGGACUUGUCGACAUGACAAUGCAGCAGAAAGGGGGGACCUAUACACCUGUGGCUUUCAGGAAGUUUAUGGUGAGUGUGGCGAAGGGAUGGGACAUGCUUGUUGAAGGGGCGAACGACGAUUUGAAGAGGGGUGCUGCAGAAAUACUAGUGCUGUCCAGAAUCAAGGACAUGACACAAACACCGCCCCAGGACUUUCAAGAGCUUCCUGUGAUUGUUGCAGACGGUGUGGUAUACGUUCUGCUUGAUCAGCUAUGUGACCUCAUGAACAAGACAGAGGACGACAUGAACGYCAUUCAUGAGGCCUUGCACGAGGUCACAGAGUACGCCGUGCAGGGUCGAGAUCUCAUUGAUUUUGUGCCAGCGUCAGCAGGAGAGGAGAUCAUUAGUAGCAGACCAUUGUGGGGGGGCUUGUUGGGUUGUGCUCUGGAGUGGCUUGGUCUUGCAACCUGCGAUGUCGAGAGACAGAGAGAAAGGGAAGAGGGUUGGAGGCUGAUUGCCAGCGAAACAAGGUUACCGGUCAUUGAAGAAACCGGGGAGACAUCAGCAGCACAAGAUACGAGUGGGACGAUGGUGGUCGACGUGUCUACCAUGCACACAUCAACGACAGAGGACUUGGUGUAUAUGGACAUGCAGGAGAAUGAUGCUGCCCACGACCCGGGACCAUCCAACAUAGGCGCAGCCAAUCUCGCUGGUGAUGAGAGCGAGGAUGCGGGGGCGGAGGACGACGCGAAUGGGGCAGCCGGUGAUAUCGCAGAGCCGGCAGCGCAACCCGUCGAGCCUUUUGACAGCUCGCGCAAGCUAGCAACGCUUAUUUUCUCCGCCAGGGGCGGCGUCGAUAACAGGAGAUCCCAGACGCUGGAAACUCAACUUGCAGCAGCUGUGUUCACGGCGGACGACGAUGACGUGCGCCGUGCGGCGGAAGGGCGAAUGGCGGAGUUGGACAUGCAUAGGCAUGUUAAACAGAACGACUUUUGGGGGUUCUACAGGGGGCCGAGUGGCGAUGAUCCUCAGCUAGACUACCACCUCGCAUUGCAACCAGACCGUAUGCACACGAUCGAACACGGCAUAUUCCUGCACAUGAUCGACGCAUUCAGGGCGGCAGCCUUUGAGAAGUUGCCGAACACACCGCAAACAGAGAUCCUGAAGGAACUCGAUGCGAGAUUGCAAUGCGUUAGUGAGAGAUGUACGGGAACAUAUCCCCAACUUGUGCUGCCCAUGGCCACAGGCAGCAAUUUUUUUUCUCGAGAGGGACGCUUCGAGGCGAAGCGAAACCGGUCUGUUAUGACAGUGUGCGUGUUCCUCAUUUUUAAUAUAAUCCCGCGCUCGACAGGCGAGGGCAUUACUGAUUGUUUUGUUAAGCUGAUGCAAAUGUACGUACGGUUGUUUCGGCGCACAGCACACACUCGAGCUUCACUCGACGAAUGUGACGCGUUGAUGACGGACUUCGUAACGACCAUCAAAGCGAAAUUGGGAAGAUACCAACCAUCAAAUUGGAAACUCUCGAAGUUGCAUGAUCUUAUGCAUAUGAGAACGUGUAUUGAGCGAUCUGGUGUGGCCGACACAUUCGCUGCAGACGUUUGGGAGCAUCACCACAAGAGAUUCUGCAAACAACCGUACAUGUCAUCGAACAAAAGGAAAGCGUCAACCCAGAUGGUCAACCACGUGCGCCGGUCGCUGGCGUUGCAGGAGGAGACCGGAUUUGUGAGGAAAAGGAGAAAGAUGGCCGUCGAGAAUAGGUCUUCUGUGACGGACUGUAUGACAACGGGGAUGAAUACCCUGGCACUAUGCGAUACGUCAAUCCUUCAACUGCGCUGGUUCGACAUCGAUCAGGACCAGAUAUGCGAGGUGGAAGGCAUUGACAGUCAUGCGUGUAAGAUACUUGAAGAGCUCCCUUUCAGAACCGAUUUUCGAGCAGCGAUUACGACGUAUAUGGCGGAGAAUGGUUGUCAACCUCCUCCUGAUGAUCUCGCUAUACACACACGAACACAUCUCGCCAUCGCUUGCACGCAGGACGGAACAAACAGGGGCACACUUGUUCAAACUGCACGAGCGUCGCUGCGGUUCCACGGGAGACCAGUGCACAGCGAUGUCGCAAUAAGAGCAGCCAACGAAUGUACGUGGUUCGCAUCAGUGGCCAUGUUUUUCGUCGUCGAUGCACCCACAGACGGCGGUAAUGCAGAACACAAGUGCGCUUUUGUGCAGUGGUACACAGAGGUUGACAGUGAACGGGAACACGUGACAGGUUGCAAGGAAUUGAAAUGGGAGAAGGCGAAUGGACAUCAGCACAGCAGCGUCGUUUCAACCGACACUAUCUCGAAAGAGCAUCGCAGAAGCGGCGCCGACCCCUCUGCGAAAACGGAGCACAAGCGCAGCCGCAAAUCCGGAUCGAAAGUUACAGUCCCUUCGAAUGCACGGGAGAUUUCAACGCUGAAAGAACGUAACGAGUCGCCCCCCUCGACCCCCGUCCGGGGAAAGCGCGGAAGCGGCGCCGAGAACCGUCCGCCAAGGGCCCCGGAAAAAAGAUCGCGGGAUGAUAGAAGCGCGACUACGCACCGCAGAACAAAGAAGAGAAUAUCCUACAAAGACGAAAGAACAGUGGAGACAAUCGAUAUUAGAGAGUCAUACGACAGACACAACGGACCCCAAGUGGAAGAGGAGGAGGAACACGACCGUUCCGCGCCAGAGAAGUCAGAUGGUGCGGAGGACGAGGAGCCAGGAAACAAGGGAGACGACAAUGAUUCUUCCCGCAGACAAUUGCAAGACACCGAUGAGGACGACGACAGCGACGGCAAGUCGGCCAGCGAGAGAACCGGCGAAGACCAGAGCGCCGCUUCGGAAAGAGGUGGUUCGCCAUUUCCUUUGAGGACGCUGCGCAGAGAAGGAGAACGGCAGGCACGCAAUGGCAGCGACACCGAGGAGCGUGUCAGUGAUAGACAAAUCGUACAGCACAUCAGCGCCGCCGGAAAAGCGACGGCGAAACUGGCAGGGAAAACAGCAGAGGAAGGGCUGGGGUCUCACAUAGCAGAGUGCGGGGUUCGAGCUGUCAUAGGGGAAUGCAACAGAAUAAUGACGACGAUCCGCGGAGAGAUUACAUCGAAGCUGAAACAUUGGUUUUGGGUUGAAAAAGGGAUUUCGCUCGUCGGAUCGCAGCAAACGGACCACCACCUCCCCGCUCGCAACAAGAUGCGCACCGAGAUGAAGGAGAACAAGACGUGGAGACGGAGCGGCGAUGAUCCGUGGGGUGCCCCCGCCUUCAAGACGACACUCUUAAAAAAAAUUCAGAUGAGGAAGGAAGGCCGGAACCUGAGCGUCACCCUGCAGCAACUGGUUUUUGCGGAGAUGGUCAUUCAAUGUGAGAUAGAACAGAUAACGAAGACGACACGAGCUGCGGAGCAGAUAGAAAAAUUGGUAUCUAUAAAGCAGGCAAUCGUCUCAUUUCUCCGUAGCCGAGACACGGUAACGAGUUUUUCCGUCUUCAAACUAGACCGUUCCGUAUCCGUGGCUGAGAAGGCAUCAGCGCUCUUUCGCUCUGGCACGCCUUCUAUCCACAGGCCUAGGCCUCCAAGCACCACAAUAACGGAUGACGAUUACGACAUCGAGUUCAUUCUCCCUCAGAGUACAGCAGCCGGAGACGGAGAUAGGCGCACCGACAGUCUGUGCGCCGCACCCUGAACAACGAGGGACAGUUUGGCGACAUUUCGACAUGGAAGGGAGGAUGCGGGGCAAUGACCAAACGGU